AUGUCUCGGCGAAAGCAGCGGAAACCCCAACAGUUAAUCUCGGACUGCGAAGGUCCCAGCGCGUCUGAGAACGGUGAUGCUAGCGAGGAGGACCACCCCCAAGUCUGUGCCAAGUGCUGCGCACAAUUCACUGACCCAACUGAAUUCCUCGCCCACCAGAAUGCAUGUUCUACUGACCCCCCUGUAAUGGUGAUAAUUGGGGGCCAGGAGAACCCCAACAACUCUUCGACCUCUUCUGAAUCCCGGGCGGAGGGCCAAAAUAGUACCCAGGUCAUGGAGGCAGAGCACAGCAACCCUCCGGAUUCUGGGUCUUCAGUGCCCACAGAUCCCUCCUGGGGCCCAGAGCGGAGAGUAGAGGAGUCUGCGGGGCACUUCCUGGUCGCUGCCACGGGGGCAGAAACGCCCAAGCAGGCUUUCUUUCAUCUUUACCAUCCGCUGGGGUCACAGCACCCUUUUUCUGCCGGAGGGGUUGGGCGAAGCCACAAACCAACCCCUGCCCCCUCCCCAGCCCUGCCUGGCAGCACAGAUCAGCUGAUGGCCUCCCCUCAUCUGGCAUUCCCAGGCACCACGGGACUAUUGGCAGCACAGUGUCUUGGGGCAGCUCGAGGCCUUGAGGCUACUGCCUCCCCAGGGCUCCUGAAGCCAAAGAAUGGAAGUGGUGAGCUGGGCUACGGGGAAGUGAUGGGUCCCUUGGAGAAGCCCGGUGGACGGCACAAGUGCCGCUUCUGUGCCAAAGUAUUUGGCAGUGACAGUGCCCUGCAGAUCCAUCUGCGUUCCCACACAGGUGAGAGGCCCUAUAAGUGUAAUGUCUGUGGCAACCGCUUUACCACCCGCGGCAACCUCAAAGUGCAUUUUCACCGGCAUCGCGAGAAGUACCCACACGUGCAGAUGAACCCUCACCCGGUGCCCGAGCACCUAGACUACGUCAUCACCAGCAGCGGCCUGCCCUACGGUAUGUCCGUGCCGCCAGAGAAGGCCGAGGAGGAGGUGGCCAUGCCCGGUGGAGGUGUGGAACGCAAGCCUCUGGUGGCCUCCACCACAGCACUUAGUGCCACGGAGAGCCUGACGCUGCUCUCCACCGGUGCAGGCACAGCCACGGCUCCUGCGCUGCCUGCUUUCAAUAAGUUUGUGCUCAUGAAAGCAGUAGAGCCAAAGAGUAAAGCUGAUGAAAAUACCCCUCCGGGGAGUGAGGGCUCAGCCAUCACCGGGGUGGGAGAAAGUGGCACAGCAACCCGAAUGCAGCUGAGUAAGCUGGUGACUUCGCUUCCCAGCUGGGCACUGCUUACCAACCACUUUAAGUCCACAGGUAGCUUCCCCUUCCCCUAUGUGCUGGAGCCCUUGGGGGCCUCACCCUCCGAGACCUCAAAGCUGCAGCAACUGGUAGAAAAGAUUGAUCGGCAAGGAGCUGUGGCAGUGGCCUCUACUGCCUCGGGAGCCCCCACCACCUCGGCGCCUGCAACCUCGUCCCCCGCCUCGUCGGGACCUAACCAGUGCGUCAUCUGCCUCCGGGUGCUGAGCUGUCCUCGCGCACUGCGCCUGCAUUAUGGCCAACAUGGAGGUGAGCGGCCCUUCAAAUGCAAAGUGUGUGGCAGAGCUUUCUCCACCCGGGGCAACCUGCGUGCACAUUUCGUGGGCCACAAGGCCAGCCCAGCCGCCCGGGCCCAGAACUCCUGCCCCAUCUGCCAGAAGAAGUUCACCAACGCUGUUACUCUGCAGCAGCACGUUCGGAUGCACCUGGGGGGCCAGAUCCCCAAUGGUGGUACCACGCUCUCUGAAGGCGGGGGAGCUGCCCAGGAAAAUGGCGCUGAGCAACCCACGGUCUCGGGGCCGGGGAGCUUCCCCCAGCAGCCGUCCCAGCAGCCGUCCCCGGAAGAGGAGUUGUCUGAAGAGGAGGAGGAGGACGAGGAAGAGGAGGAAGAUGUGACUGAUGAAGAUUCCCUGGCAGGGAGAGGCUCAGAGAGUGGAGGCGAGAAGGCAAUAUCCGUGCGAGGUGACUCAGAAGAGGCCUCAGGGGCAGAGGAGGAAGUGGGGACCGCGACGGCGGCGGCAGCAGCAGCCACCACGGGGAAGGAGAUGGAAAGCAAUGAGAAAGUGAUUCAACAGCCUUCCCUGCUGCCGCCGCCUCCACCACCACCCGACAGCCUGGAUCAAACACAGCCCAUGGAGCAGGGAGGCGGUGAUGUCGCCGGAGGCAUGGAAGAGGGGGCCAGAGCGGAGAGGAGCUCGAGCCCAACGGCGGCACUCAGCCGGGAAGGGGAAGGCAGCGGCAUCGCCUCGGUGGAGCUGAGCAUGCAGGAGGCCAUGAGAAAGGAGCCGGGCGAGAGCAGUAGCAGAAAGGCCUGCGAGGUGUGUGGUCAGACCUUUGCCACGCAGGCAGCCGUGGAGGAGCAUCAGAAGACCCACCCCAAGGAGGGGCCGCUCUUCACUUGUGUUUUCUGCAGGCAGAGCUUUCUCGAGCGGGCUAUCCUCAAGAAGCAUAUGCUGCUGGCUCACCACCAGAACCAGUACACAGCUUUCCUGUCAAGUGACCUGCCCACCAAGCCCCGGAGUUCCAGCUCCACCUCCAGUACCACUUUAGGCCUGGCGCCACCAGUGCUGUUUGGCCCGGGAACUGUGGCUGGGAACGUGCCUCCAGCAAUGGGAUCCAGAGAGGCCAAGGAGAAGAGAGCCCCCCUCUUCCUAUUUCGGUCUCCUGCAUCCAAGGCAGUGCCUAAGAAGCCCACCACAGAAGAAAAGUAGCAAACUGUACAUUCCUUCUUUUCCCUGCUCCAGAAGGUGCCAGCAGUGAAGACACAACAAUAUCUGUAUCUGGUGGCCCGGCCCUAAGGGGUAGGGGGAAAUGAAGGGCACAUAGGACAUUCUUCCCCGUACACUCCCGGUCAGGCGAAGGUGUUGGCUGAUCAAUGUGCCAAGACACCUCCAGCUUCUAUUCCUUCAUCAUAGCCUCUCAAAGUUAGGAAACAAGCAGAUGUCUUGCCAACAGGUCUCCUGUGGAAUAUUUUGGGAACUGCGAAGUUCAUAUCUUUAAGAAGCAUUAUUGGUGAGGGGGGUUGGAAGAGUAAUGAUGGAGAGUUAAAGAGUGUUGCUAAAGCAUAGGGCUUGCUGGGAACCUAUGAGAUUAAGAAAAGGGCAUGGUGUGAGGGAGGGGACCUCCAAUUCUUGACUGGAUGGGUCUCAUGAAUGUUCUUUUGGACUAUUAGUGACUUGGUGUGCAGCACUGCACCACAGGUCAUAGGGGAUUUCCUAGCACUAGUGUGCUUCUAGUUUUAGAUAACUCCCUCCUUUAUUCCCUGGCCCCUUGGAUUUUCCUUGUCUUCCUUUCUCAAGGCCUAUUUCCUCCCCCAUUUUGCCUGUCUAUGGACCAGGGCUUACGUCUUUGCCACUGUCUGGGUCUUAGAGUCCCAGACUUUGGGAGACGAGCUCUAGGUGGUGUUCUCCCUGCCUCUCCGUCUUGUAAUGAGAUGUAGUAUUUACUCUUAACAUAGGAUCAUUUGGAACAGGAGUUUUGAGGAGGAGAGAGUGAGAGUUCUGCUACUGACUGACUUGAAUGAUGGUUUCUCCUCCAAAGGUAUAGGCUCCAGAGCUUCCUAACAUAGUAAAAUGUGAAGAGCAGACAAGGGAGAUACUAGUGUCUUUCCCUUUUCAUUAAAAGUGUUUUA